AUGACGGUAGGCUCGGGGUAUAGUAUCUCGGGGUUCAUCACCGAGGCCGAGCUAUAUUCGGACUUGAUCCUCGGGCCUCGCCGUGGUCGGCCACAAACCACGCGCAGGUGGUGCAAACAGUACUACCAGUUCUUCCUGGCCCAGGGCAUCAUCGGCGUAAACAGCAUGGGCUUGUCCCUAGCCCCCGCACUCUCGUCUACAGCGCAAUACUUCCAGAAAAAACGCGCGGCCGCUAUGGAAAUCACCAUAGCAGGCUUCUCGUUUAGUGGCGUUAUUUUCCCAGCUGCCCUCAAGCGGAUGGUUGACUCCUCGCUCGGAUUCGCCUGGGCCGCCUGA